AUGACAGCAAUCGGUGGCUCACAAACACCAUCAACUCAGCCAGCCCUCGACCAGGCGCCACCUUAUGUACGGUUACACGUUACGCCGCUGGACGCCGACCUGCUGAAAGUAUUCCUCUCGUCAGCGCUCCUUCCAAAGGCACGCAACAUCUCCUACCACACCCUCGACACUUUUCCCGACAAGCGGUACGGUUAUCUGGAGCUGCCAAGCGAAGACGCCGACAAACUCAGGAAGAAACUCAACGGCUCGAUUCUGCGGGGCGUCAAGAUUCGCAUCGAGCGCGCAAAGCCCUCCAGGAUCCCAGAACCUCUCGGCGACGAGGCAAUGGCCAAAGAACAGAAGGACAAGAGGGUCAAGGACGACGCGCACCCAGCAAAAUACAAUUCCAAAAAGAGAAAGCGCGACAAUGACGAAAUCAGCGGCAUUGUUUUCGACAAUGACAGGAAGGUCAAGAGGGGAUGGACCACUGCCGACGAGCCCAAGGAAAAGAGGUCAAAGAAGGACAGCAAGGACAAAAAGAAGAAACAGGAGCGAUCAAAAUACACGGAUCAUGCCGAAUGUCUGGUCAAGACGAUCCUGCCUGCGAAUGCCGUACCAUCGGCUGAAGACGACACCGGAUCCAAGAGGAAGAAGAAGGGCAAACUUCGCGAAGUAGUUGUUCACGAGUUCGAAAAUACAACGAAAUUCCCGACCUUUCUCAAGAUGACAGUGUCAUCCGGCCCUUCAAAACCACCUUUGGAGUUUGUCGAGGGUAAGGGAUGGGUGGACGAGGACGGCAAUGUGGUUGAGGCUGUGACCGUGGCCCCGCCCCCUCCAACUUUCAGGAUCUCAGCUCCUAAGAAGGCGGAGCAGAGCGAGAGUAAGAGCGAGUCGAGCAGCAACGACAGUAGCAGUGGUGAGGAGUCAGACAGCGACAGCGAGUCUGACAGCCCCUCUUCGCCCACAAAAGCAGCAUCAACCCCCAACCACAAAGCGCAACCAAAACCUAGCCCAACACCACAACACAACAGUUCACCCUUACCAUCAACACUCAGCCCUGAGCUUUCUAGACCUAAAUCGUCAAGUUCGGUCAAGAGCUUGGCUAUCAAAAUCCCUCCUGCUACCCCGAGCGAGCCCAAGACAAUACACCCUCUGGAAGCAUUGUACAAGCGUUCUCAGCAUACCGACGGUGAGACAGCCGAGGGAGGAACUGAGUCAAAGGGCUUCAGCUUCUUUGGCGGUGGCGAUGGGGACAAUGACAAUGAGGAUGCUGGUGCAGCUGCCGAUGGGCUCCAGAUCCCCAUGACUCCUUUUACACGCCAAGACUUCGAGAUUAGGGGCAUCCGCAGCGCAGCGCCUACUCCAGAUACGGCACACCCAACAGGCGGUCGGUUUAAGCCAUGGGAUGAUGAUGAUGAGGAUAUGGAGGACGAUGGUGGUCAUGAAGAACCUCUCCGUGAAGGCAACGAGCAGCCCGGUGCAUCCACUACUCGGUCGGGUGUACCGGAAGGCGACAAGCCUGCCAGCGAUUUUCAAAAAUGGUUCUGGGAAAAUCGUGGUGACCUCAACAGAUCUUGGAAAAAGAGGAGGAAGACAGCUGGGAAGGAGAAGAGGUAUAGAGAGAAUAGAGCUCGGAUGGCGCGAGCUAUCUGA